GAGGCUCUUUCUGACCAGUGGCUUUGAUCAGAUAAGAGGUUCAAGCGGACACAUUCUUCUGCAGUUUGCAAGUGAAGCCACAUUUUGAAUGAUGGAUUGUUCAGAGGAGGUUCAGUCUGUGUCUGAGGAGCCCAGCGCUCAAAUGGAGCUAAAAAAGGGAAUGUCGAUUUUCAUUGAUAUUUUGCGGAGAGCUGAUAAAAACGACGAUGGAAAGCUGUCCUUUGAUGAAUUCAAAGCCUACUUCUCUGAUGGAGUCUUGACAGCUGAGGAAUUAAAGGAGCUCUUCCACACAAUUGACACUCAUAACACAGACAAUGUGGACACUGAUGAACUCUGUGAGUAUUUCUCCCAGCACCUCAGUGAAUAUGAGAAUGUUCUCGCUUCCUUAGAAGACCUGAAUAUGUCGAUACUGAAGGCGAUGGACAAAACAAAGAAGGAUUAUCAGGAGUCCACCCACCUGGAGCAGUUUGUGACCCGCUUCCUGCUGAAGGAGACAACCAAUCAGCUUCAUUCACUUCAAAGCUCACUCGAGUGCGCCAUGGAAACCACAGCCGAGCAGACUCGCCAGGAGAAACAGGGCCCGCUGAAGCCAGAGGUUUUGUCCAUCCAGUGGUCGGGUCGUCGCUCCAAUCGUAGACUUCAGAGGAACAGCAGCCUCUCUCCCAACAACCCUCUCCUCAGUCUUGUCAAUUCAGGUGUUUAUGAUGAAGACAGCCAAUGGAUGAUCCAGGUCAACAGACUGCAGAAGCUUAUUGACCGUCUAGAGCAAAAGGAGAUUCGUCUGGAGCCUGUUGAAGAGGAAGUCUUGGAGAGCAAAUCGCACAUCCUGAUAGUCCAGAGGCAGCUCUCGGUGCUGGAGGAGGAGCUGGAGGAGUUUCGUUUGGCUCUCAGACAGUACAUGGAGUGUGCCUGCGCCCAGACUGGAUGUCUACACAUCGCAGUUCAGCGGCUGGCAAAUGAAUCACGCUUCAUUCUCUAUGAAUUCUGGGAGCACAACAAUGUGUGGAAGAAUCACCUGCAGACCAACUACAGUAAGACCUUCCAGAGGGGGAACGUGGACUUCCUGGAAACUCCUGAGAUCAUAACCACCAUGCUGGUUCCUGCUUCAUGGUGGGUCCUCAACAACAACUGAAAGUGGACGAGCACCCUUCACUUAUCGUCACUGAUGGGUACAGAGAGCAAACAGCCACCUGUCAACAGCAGCGCACACACACACACACUCACACACACUAACUCAACACAACUCGUGAGGUCAUGGUGUUUAGUAUCGAUUUUAUGACCUCCCAUGUUCCUUCAUAGUUAGGUGGUAGCUGAAAUAUCCCGCAUGUGUGUUUUGUUUACACUCCUAGACGACACUUUGACGUCCUAAAAGCAAUGACCUCGUCAGACGGAGACCCAUCUGAUGAUCUGACAUCAUCACUGUGUUUGACGUGACAUCAUCUGCUGCCCAGGGUAGAUCAUAUGAGCUGAUGCGUGCAGUGAAUGUACAUGACACAGCGAGCUGUGUGUGUGUGUGUGAGAGAGAGAGAGAGAGAGAGAGAGAGAGAGAGAGAGAGAGAGAUUGUAUCAAUUGUAGCAGCUCUGGGGAGCUCAUUAAAACAUUACUCUGUUGUUUCUGUAUUUAAUGUGUCAAACUGAGAUAAAAAUCAGUUGGUCAUAAAUAAAGACGAUAUUGUUGUGUA